CACUCAAAACCAUCCACCAAUGACAGGUGACAAAAACAAACGAAGUUAGCAGGAGUCACGAGCAGCAGGUUGACAAGCAUAUAAUAAGCCACAGGAAACUGUAACAUACUGGCAGUCAAUUACUGCACGUUCCCAAACACACAAAGAUGACGGUAGAUUCUAGAACGUAUGAGCUGCAGCCUCUUUCCACACUGGGACGCUUCUACAUCUACGCCAUCCAUGGUUACGUUACAGAAGUUAUGUUCACAGCGACCUGGGAGUUUGUAGAGAACGGGAAUUGGAAGUUUCCUGGGAACACCAGUGUGUGGUGCCUUUUUAUAUAUGGUAUUUCAACAAUGGUCAUUGAGAAGAUGUACUUCAAGCUGCGUGAUCGACAGCCUUUACUUGUGCGUGCCAUGAUAUAUCUCAUGUGGACUUAUUUCUGGGAGUUCAGCACUGGAUUUAUCUUAAAACAGUUUGGAGCCUGUCCCUGGGACUAUGAACCAUAUUUUAAUGGGCACUUUAUGGGCCUUGUAACACUGGAAUAUGCCCCUCUUUGGUAUCUAGGUGCCAUCUUUGUGGAGCAAGUUAUUAUUAAAUAUUCUCUACAGCUAUACUGGGGAGGAGAAAUGAAGCAUGGGGUGGUGUUAUCAAAACCCUCAGCAAGCAAAGUUAAAUAGGAAAAAACCAUUACACCUAGUGCAAAAUAAAAAAAUGGAGCAUUUUUAACAUUAACUGCAUGCUGGAGACAUACUGUCAGUUCAGGUUCUAAGUUAUUGUCAUUAUAGGGCAAGAGGUGCAUUUUUCUUAGCUGAACAUAUUUGAUUGGUGUGCUGUGCAUGUGUCCUGAGUGGUCCAGGAUACACACUGUAGAUAACAGAAAAUAUUUUUAUUCCAGCUUUAGUUGGACAUGAAGUAUAUUUUGUUGUCUCAUGUACAUGUACUUGAAGAGGUGAAGAAGCAUUUAAAAUUUUUUUCAGGACUUUCAAUAUUAAGUUUUGAACAGUUAGGAGCAUGCUAUAUGUAGUACAGUGAUAGAGUGUGAAAAAGUAGAGGUUAAUGUUUUCAAUUUCUGAUUUUUUCCCGUAGCUAAUCAUUAUACAGAGUAAUGAACUUCCACAAUAUAUUGUAAGUUGUGGAAUUUCUCGUCAGUAGGUGUAAGGGUUUGUCUGGGGACCAAAGUACAGAUUAAGGUCACAGUGGUCCAGAUUUAUAGAAAACAUUCCACAUAUCUUGUAUGUGCAUUAUCUGAAGACUGCCCUCUGAAAUUUACUGAGUAAAGAACCUUUUUUUAUAUAUACAAGAUUCUUUUAACUUGCCAAAUGCUUCUUGAGAGAUCUCAGUUAUUAUACAAUUACUAAUUGGGUUUUAUGACAAACUUUUGUUUACCUCAUAGCACAAAUGUUUUUAAAUUCAAGAUUUUUGUUAGGUAACUCUUAGACUAUUGAUCUGUCUGCGCAAUCCAUUUGUAUGUUUUUAUCUUGCAUUGUGUUUGGACAACAUCUGAAGAAAAACUACACUGACAUGACGUUUUUUCUUGUUCUUAUCAUCUUAUGGCUAUUGUGCAAUUUAUAAAAGAUGGUUAACCUUAUAUCUUUAUAAUCUGGAAAGGUAUGUCUUGUUUUGUUGUAAAGUAUGUUUACAUACUUUUGAAUUUACUUAUUAUCAUAUUUAAGAGGCUGUAUUGAAACCAGGUCCACAUUUAUUGACUGACCAAUAAAUCCAAAAUCUCUUUCA